GUUUUACGUUUCUAUAGUGAAGAAGAACGUGUGUUUGAGCAGCGUUGGUUAUUUCGUUUCCAUAGUUUUUCUGAUAAAUAGUUUUCAUAAAUCAUAAAAUUCAAAACCGUAACCAUGGCAAUCCGCGUCCAAUUUGAGAAAAACAACGAAAUCGGCGUAUUUUCAAAACUGACAAACACUUUUUGCCUCGCUGCGAUCGGAGGGGCCGAGAAUUUUUACAGCACCUUCGAAUCCGAACUCAGCGACACGAUCCCCGUGGUGCACGCCUCGAUCGCGGGGUGUCGCAUAAUCGGGCGCCUCACGGCCGCGAACCGCCACGGUCUCCUCGUCCCCAACACCACGACGGACCAGGAGUUGCAACACUUGAGGAAUUCCUUACCCGAUGCGGUCAAAAUUCAAAGAGUGGAGGAAAAAUUGUCCGCGCUGGGGAACGUCAUCGCUUGCAAUGAUUAUGUCGCAUUGGUGCAUCCCGAUUUGGACAGGGAAACGGAGGAACUACUCCAAGACACCCUGAACGUCGAGGUAUUCCGACAGUCCGUCGCUGGGAACGUUUUAGUGGGAAGUUACUGCGUUUUUACGAACCAAGGGGGCGUGGUCCACCCCAAAACGUCGCAGAAUGAACAGGAUGAGUUGAGUUCCUUGUUGCAGGUGCCCUUGGUGGCGGGCUCCAUAAACCGCGGCUCGGAGGUCCUCGCCGCGGGCCUCGUCGCGAACGACUGGUCGCUUUUCACGGGCGCGGACACCACGGCGACGGAAUUAUCCGUUCUGGAAGCGAUUUUCCGCCUGAACGUGAACCAGGACAUGCCCGCGGACAAGUUCAGACAGGUGCUCAUCGAGUCGAGUAAUUAAUUAUUUCUCUGUAAUUAAAUCUCCAUGGAAACACUAUUUCUCUUUUUCAAUAAAAACAUUUAUUCCCAUGGAAACGCUAA